AUGUGGUCGUCGUUAGCCAGCGCCUCGCUGGUGUUUCUCAUCCUCUACCUGAUCCUAUUCAGCACACUGUUGACACUCUUCGUUCUUCGAAAAGUACCGUGGAAGUCGCGCUGGCUUGUUCUGCUGCUGCAUGUCAUUGUCCGUCUGGCUUCGCAGUGUUGUGGCCUUUCUUUCGGCGUUAUCGGGUACAGAAAUAUCAACCUUCUCGUUGCCUACUAUGUGCUUGGCGCUGAAGGCUACUUCACCCUGGUCGUCUGUACCGCGCGCUUCUUGAUCGCAUGGCAGCGCAACAACUGGGCCGGCUAUUCUUGGUUGGAACCCGUGGACCAUACCAAGAAACGACCGCGUUUCACAUUUCUGGAGCGCCUGAAAGGAUUGUUCCGUUGGAAGGCGGGCAGUAGCAACCAGUGGAUCAUGGUCACCGACUGGCUCUUGAUUGCAGCUAACGCGAUCAUUGUUGCGGGCGGAUCGCUUAGCUCUGCGGCAUACACGGAUUCCGAUUUGUCUGCAAGCCAAAUGUAUAGCAAGCUGGAUGCGGCGGAGGCCAUGAGAGCUACAGGGCAGGCGGUGUUUUUGGCCAUCAACGUGGCCUUGCUAGUAUGCAUCGCUGUUUCCAUGCAUCAGCAUAGACAUUAUCGAUUCGAUCAUGCAACUAGAAUCGACAGUGACAUCGCAAGCGCACAGAAAGCACCACAACAGCACAAAAGGCCUUGGUAUGCCCACCCGACGCUGUUGCAGCUACUCCUCACAUGGCCAUUAUUGACAGUGCGCGGUAUCUUCGGGGUGCUCCAAGCCGUUUUACCCGACCUCAAUUACUUCAAUCCGGAGGUAUAUGACGUAAACGGCCUCACACGACAAUUUGUUAUUGAGGAGACGUGUAUGGUGACUUUGAUGGAAUUCAUCAGCGCCACUAUCCUAACAAUGACGUUCUUCGCCACUCGCCCAGAGUCACGCUUGCGGAGGGAAGUAUCUGUAUCGUCUGCAUAA